CACACCAUGCACUCGCUUGCCCUCUACCUCUCCUUCCUCCAUCUUCUCCUCACCCAGGCCGUCACCGAAACCCCGCCACCCUACGCUGCCACCGACUAUUUUCUCCUCAAUUGUGGCUCCUCCUCCAAAUCAACCUCGCUCGAUGGCCGUAACUGGGACGGCGAUUUCAACUCAAAAUUCUCACCCCCAAAUAUACAAACCACAUCAAUUAAUGCAUCUACCCCCUCCCAAGAUAACCCUUCUGUUGCCCAAGUUCCUUACAUGACUGCACGCAUCUUUCGCAACAAGUUCACCUACUCCUUCCCCGUCUCGCUUGGCCUGAAGUUCGUCCGCCUCUACUUCUUUCCGGCCACUUACUCCGGACUCGAUAAAUCCAAGUCAUUCUCCUUGGUCACCGCCAAUAACUUCACCCUCUUAAGCAACUUCAGUGCCUUCCUAGCCGUCUCUUCGAUAAAGCCUCCCGUAUCCUACUUAAUCAAAGAAUUCAUAAUCCCUGUGUUGCACACUCAGUUUCUCAACAUAACCUUUAUUCCAUCUCCGAGCUCUUACGCCUUCAUUAAUGGUAUAGAGAUUGUGUCUAUGCCAAAUAAUCUCUAUAUGCACAAUAGGGAUGAUGUAAUGAUCACCAUGGUAGAUAACUACAGACCCUUCUAUUUCGACAACACCACUGCUCUUGAGACCAUGUAUAGACUAAACGUGGGGGGCAACGAUAUCUCGGGCGUACAGGAUACUGGUAUGUUCCGGACUUGGCGACAGGACCCGGAGUAUAUCUUUGGCGCGAUUGGGCUGGCGCCUUCCCUGCCUAAUGUUACCAUAAAGUAUACGAUGGACACACCGGCCUAUACUGCGCCGGACAUUGUGUAUAAAACUUCUCGUACAAUGGGUCCGAAAUCUACGCUUAACUUGAAGUCCAACCUCACGUGGAUCUUUACAGUUGAUGGCGGGUUUAACUAUCUUUUUAGGCUUCAUUUCUGCGAAACUCAGAUAGAGGUAGUGGAAAGGAACCAACGGGUUUUUUACAUAUUCAUCAAUAAUCAGACGGCAGUGGCAGAUGCGGAUGUGAUUAAUUGGAGCGGCGGUAACGGAAUUCCUGUCUACAGAGAGUAUGUUGUGUUGGUCCCAAGUGGAAACAAGGCCAAACAAGAUUUGUGGCUCGCGCUACACCCCAACUCGGAUUUGUUACCGCGCCCCGUAUUCGACGAUGCCAUCUUGAACGGUGUGGAAAUACUUAAGUUGAGCCGGUCGGACGGUAGUCUUGCUGGGCUCAACCCGGAAGUGGAAGGGGUUACAUCUUUAAUUGAAACCCCGGGUGGCCCAUCAACGAAGUCAAAAAAUAAUCGGAAAACAACAAUUGCAAUAAUUGGUGGUGCAAUUUUUGUCAUUGUUCUACUCUCUAUUAUUGGUUUAAUGGCUUUCCGGCUCAGUAAAAGAGCCAAGUCAACUAAGACGCAGGGCUCUUCUCUACCUUCUGAAUUAUGUCGUAAGUUUUCAUUUACUGAAAUCAAAGCAGCCACAAACGAUUUCGAUAAAGUUUUAAUCAUAGGGGUUGGAGGGUUUGGCAACGUUUAUAAAGGCCACGUUGAUGAUGCAACCACCCCAGUUGCAAUCAAACGGCUGAAAUCCAGGUCACAGCAAGGCGCUCACGAGUUCCACACCGAGAUUGCGAUGCUCUCCCAGCUACGACACCGCCAUCUCGUGUCUUUGAUUGGCUAUUGUAAUGAUGACAGCGAGAUGAUACUUGUAUACGAUUACAUGUCCCAUGGGAACCUACGUGAUCAUCUAUAUGACACUGGCAAUCCUCCUUUAUCCUGGAAGCAACGGCUUGAGAUCUGUAUCGGUGCAGCCCAUGGGUUGCAAUACCUCCACACUGAUGUGAAGCACAUGAUCAUUCACCGUGACGUGAAGACAACAAAUAUUCUUUUGGAUGAGAAAUGGGUGCCCAAGGUGUCAGAUUUUGGACUGUCCAAAAUCGGACCAACUAGUGAGUUCAAGACCCACGUAAGCACAGUGGUCAAAGGUAGCAUGGGGUAUAUGGACCCGGAGUACUAUCGACUUCAACAGUUGACGGAAAAGUCUGAUGUGUACUCUUUUGGUGUCGUUUUGUGUGAAGUAUUGUGUGCAAGACCACCGUUGCUUCGUACGGCCAAAAAGAACCAAGUGAGCCUAGCACAGUGGGUCCCAGACUACUAUCGCAACAAAAUGCUUGAUCAAAUUGUCGAUCCAUUUUUGAAGGGUGAGAUCACACCGGAGUGCCUGGAAAAAUUUGGUGAAAUUGCUGUGAAUUGUUUGUUGGAUGAUCGAACAAAACGACCAUCUAUGAACGAGGUAGUGUGGGGCCUUGAGUUGGCAUUACAAAUCCAGGAGAGCACCAAUAAUAUCAAUCUUCACGGGGAAAUGAAGGGACCCCUCUUUCAAGAGUUGGUAGAAGAUGACAGUUACGGCAUGUUUAUCGCUAGCAGUGAAGGCAGUGCGAAAAGCACCAAUUUGAGCAUGAUAGAAAAUUUUGCUAAUAAGGAUUCUGAUUGUUUGUUGCCAAGGACUAUGUGUUCUCUUAACGCAUGGUUGCAAAAAGGUGAUGAAAGAAUGUUGUAA